UGGGUUUCCUUUGAUUUUCUUUCACGCUCAUCGAAAUCAAGCGAUCCAUGGGAGCAUGCCAGUGCUUCAGUGUUGCUUCACCGAGCCAGCAAAAUACCUUCAUGGAGGCUAAUGACGCUAUCGAGGCGACUGAGCAUUUCCAGGAUGUGCGUGUGCCAAAGAGCACACUUCCGACCCUGCUGGCUCAUCGCGUAAGGAAGGCAUCACCAGAGAGGCCUGCGCGCUCACCCAAGGCUGAGGAGGGGCUCGGAGCCUCUUCGAGUAAGGAAGGCAAACCACGGUUGCUUCUGCCAAUCCCCAGCAAGUCAAAGCAAGGAGGGCGAAGACCCGCGGAGCAGAGCCAACGUGUCUAAGCCGCUUCACACCGAAACUCGCUGACAUCACGUGAUGCGCCGAAAGAGAGAAGCACAAAAAUCACAAAGAAUCACAAGGAUAUCAAACAAAGAUAUCAAACAAGGCUUCAAUAGUUGUUUUUUGAGAUUUGAAUAUGGUUGAAUUGCUUCCAAUGGUGGGCUGAGGCCAAAGUACUUCGUACAACCUGAGAGAGAUUCUGUCAUGUCAAAUGUCACCAUCGUGAUUGUAUACAUCACACUAAGAGCGCAAAGCAGACACGUGCGAACUGUCUCACCUGAGUUCAAAUAAUGGCCGUGAUUCUGUAGUGGUGUCUUUAAAACUGAAGCUUUGCCCAAUUCUGCAAGGGGCUGACUUGGGUCUGGCUUGCCAAAUGGAAAAGUUG